UUGAUAAAAGCAAGAUACAGCCAUAAAAACACAACUUACAAAUGCUAUUGUUAUGUUUCACUACAUGGAUAAACCUAUACUGAUCUACCCCAUAAAAUAAUGGUUGCACCACGUAUUAGAUUUUUAAUCCGGUCAAGGAUAUAACUAUAACCUUCGGUUGAAACCCCCAAAUCGUAAACCUAAUAAUAAUUAGAUCUAUUAUGACUGAAUAUUCCUGGAUCAUGCUUGCCAAACGGACGAACUUCAAUAAAGCCUUCGUCGCCGUACCUGCAUACAUCACCGACGAAACCGCCAUCAUACUAGCAAACAUCAACAAGGAUGCUGCCGUCAUACUUGCAAAUAUCGAUAAAGAUGUUGCCGCUAUACUGUAGAUAAAUAAUCUACAAGACGUUUAUUGAAACUAAAUUAAAAACACAAUAAAAGACUAAAGGAAAUGAGUACAAUUAUUUCUCCCAAUAAUACAUUGAGUUAAUAAUAAUAAAAAAUUUUGAAUGUUCCAAUUAUGUAGUCUGCAAUUCGAACUAACAAAUGGAAAUCCUUAAAAUGAAAGGAAAAAUUAUUUAAUUUCCCAUUUUAGGAACACAACCCAAAAAAGCAAAAGAAAGAAGGAGAAGGAGAAUUUCAACUUUAUUUUUUUUAUAUAUAUACCGAGAAACUUAGAAUACAAGAGGAGCUCGAUAGUGAGUUGAACUAGGACUACCUAGUUUAUCUAGGAUUAUAUCGAGGGUAUUGACAAAACGUACUCAGGGGAUAGGCAAGGCCUAGUUUAGCCAGUGAAUCGACUGUUGAUGUGGGAAAUUCCACGGUCCAAGGCCGGUCUAGGACUAGGAGCUUAUAAAGUGAAGAAUUUCAUUUUUAACGUAAAUGAUGCUCCACCAAAAUUGGGGUUCAAUUAAAAUCUUCCAAGUCCACGCCACAUAUUCCUCCUCCAAGUUCCACUCUAAUAAUUCCAGUGGACUGACGCCCAAGUCAAGUCUUUUGUUGACUUCGUCCACUUUGAAUGUUGAUAGAUAGUGGCCCGAUUAUGCAUUUUGGUUCCGUUUAAUUUGAUCGUUUUUAGUGUAGAUUUAAAAAGAUUUCUCUCUCAAAUAAGUACUAGGAGGAGUAUAUAACUAUAUAUUUGUAGUUUCCCUCUCUCUUGUCUGACGUUUGAUCACUUAGUUGGUCUUCUACUCUUCUCCAUCAGCUCAGCUGAAGGAAAAAAAAAUGAGACUUCUUCUUAUACUUCUGCUUUACUUCUUGAAUUUCAACCAUUCUUUGUCAGAAAUAAUCUUUGAAGAAAGGUUUGAAGACGGGUGGAAAGAUAGGUGGGUUUUAUCAGAUUGGAAGAGAAGUGAAGGGAAAGCUGGGACAUUUAAGCAUACAGCUGGAAGGUGGGCUGCUGACCCUGAUGAUAAAGGUCUUCAAACAUACAUUGACGCCCGGCAUUAUGCUAUAUCUGCUAAGAUACCUCAGUUUAGCAACAAGAACCGGACUCUGGUGUUUCAGUAUUCCAUAAAGUUUGAACAAGAUAUUGAAUGUGGAGGUGGUUAUGUUAAGCUUAUGUCUGCCUAUGUUAACCAAAAGAAAUUUGGUGGAGAUACUCCUUACAGUUUCAUGUUUGGACCAGACAUAUGUGGCACCCAGACCAAAAAGCUCCAAGUUAUAGUUUCUUACCAAGGGCAGAAUUAUCCAAUUAAGAAAGAUAUAGAGUGUGAAACCGACAAGUUAACUCAUUUCUACACUUUCAUAUUAAGACCUGAUGCUACAUACAGUGUCCUGAUAGAUAAUCGUGAAAGAGAGUCGGGAAGUUUGUACACCGAUUGGGAUAUCCUCCCUCCACCAAAAAUAAAGGAUGUCCAUGCAAAAAAGCCAUCCAACUGGGAUGACAGAGAGUACAUUACUGACCCCAAUGAUGUCAAACCACAGGGAUAUGACUCAAUUCCAAAAGAGAUACCGGAUCCUAAAGCUAAAAAGCCUGUCGAUUGGGAUGAAGAAGAGGAUGGGAUAUGGAGGCCAAAAAAGAUACCGAAUCCUGCCUACAAAGGACCAUGGAAACCAAAGGUACUUGUGUUCAGAUUCAACUUAAGAAAACUCAUAACAUGUAGCAUAUUUAAACAUUUGGAGCAUGGUGUGCAGAAAAUCAAAAAUCCUAAUUACAAGGGGAAGUGGAAAAUUCCUUGGAUUGAUAAUCCAGAGUUUGUAGAUGAUCCUGAUUUGUAUGUCUGGAAACCUAUUAAGUAUAUUGGUAUUGAAGUUUGGCAGGUCAAAGCUGGUUCAAUUUAUGACAAUAUUCUGUUAUGUGAUGAUCCCAAAUAUGCUAAAGAAGUUGUGGAAGAAAUAUGGGCCAAAAAUAGAUUGGCUGAGAAGGAGGCAUUUGAGGAGGCAGAGAAAAUCCGAUUAGCGCAAGAGGAGCAAGGGAAAAAAGACAAAGAAGGUGAAAAGAAGAGAAACAGAGGCUGGAGGCACCAUAAGAGGGUACUUCAUUUUUGCUUUACUGUCUUUUACUUUUAAGGAUAAAAUUUAAUAUUGCCACAUUGUGCUCUUUUCUGCUUCAUGCUUUCCAUCCUGCAUUCUAUACUUUCCACAUUAUCCGUGGUAUGUGCACGCGCGCGGGAGAGGGGAAUGUAAUCAAAACUCAAUUUUAAUUUUCAAGUAGUUGUCUGAUUUUUUUUUGUGUGUAUAUGUUCUCCUUGCACAUUUAAAUUAAUUUAUUUGUCUUAUCCCUGAAUUUUGCAUUUCAUUUCUCGUUUUGUAAAAACAUUUUUCAUUUCUAAUACACGUACUUAUACAUUCUGCAGAACUUGCAGUACAGGAUAAAUUUGUUACAUUUCUAAUGCAAAACCCAAACAACAAUUUUGUCAAUGUGAAUCCUUACUGUCACAGAAAAAAAUUGGGGCAAUUAUGGAUUCUCCUUUUAAUUGCAGUUAAGUGUGUAACUUUGGUGGACAGCCAAUUAAUUACUUGAUGAACAUAUUACUGAUUUUCUUUGUUACGUUUUUCUAAUUCUUUUGCUUUCCAACUUUAAAUUUCGCAAAUGCCAGCUACUUAUUUGGUUGACAUGUUGCAUUGGAGGGUCUCGUAAAUUAGCUUUUAGUAGAGAUUUAAUUUCUGGUACCAUCUUCAAUCCCCUUAAAUAUUUAAUUUCUAUGCUGCAUAAGCCCUUUUGACAAUGGCAUGAAACAGAUUUUGUACAGCCCUUAUGCUGCGACUUGAGUUUUGACUUCGACUAUAUUAAAGAAAAGGUUCUGAACUCCAUGUUGAUAAUUCAAGGUGUCUUGGUCUGUCUCAUGCGUGAUGUCUUUCUCUUGUUAGGAAGUAUCUGAGGCAUCAACCAAGUGACUUCAGAUUCUAAACUCACAACAAUCUAUUGUUGACUAGCCUACAUUAGUUCCCAAAUGCCUGGUAUGCCCCUUAGCAUGUUUCACGAGAAAUGGUUACCUGAGAAUGAAACCCAUCAAAUAAUGCUUGUUGCGGAGUUCCAGAUUGCGCAAUUCCCUUUUCCUUAUAAGGUUGAUGGUUUCAGCAAGGGUGAAAUUGUUCAUUUUGGAUUGUUACUAUUCACUGAAUUGCGCCACAUACAUUAUCAACUUGUCCUGAGCAGUUUUAGGUUGCCACAGUUAAGCAAUUGAUAACACAACGUUCACUUAGCCAGCUAGGUACAUUAGAUGGUGAAAUGUACGGUCCUCCCUGGUUCUGUGCAUUCUUCUUGAAGUAUGGCCUUGAAACAGAAAUUUUUUUCAGACCAACCUCUACUAGAACUCUAAAAUUGUUAGUGACUUUCCAUGGAAGUUAAUGGUUCGAGGGAAGAUUCGAUAUUAAAUAUAGAAUUUGACUUGUUCAAUCCCAAUGUUUGACUUGUUAUCUCAAGUCUUUUGGAUAAUUUUGCACGCGCACACUGACAUCCGGACAUAUGGUGAGGUUAACAGGAUGAUCUUUAUAUUGCUCUGGGUUCAACAGGACACUACACUUAUUUGUCUUUUUCAGUCAUAUUCUUGUUUCUGUUUCUUUAUUAUGUAUCAUUAUUCUGUUAGAAUUCUUAAAAAUGUUCUCAAGUUGUGGAAAUGAUCUUUAGUGGUGAUAUGUCAGUUUGCUCAUGAAUGUCACUUUCUUGUUGAACUUCCCUUUUGUUGCUUUAAAAACAUUCACCUUGUGCCUUAGAGACUUGGUGCCUAUGCUUCAACUUCAUAUCCAGUUUUUUUAACUUGUUUGGUGUGAUCUUGCAGUAUGACCCUCCUGAAUACAUUGAUGAUGACUACCAUGUAAGCUUCCAUUUUGAUCUCUUUACCCUCUUUUAUCUACUUAUGUGUUCAUAUUGUACAAGAUUAUAUAUUUUCACUAGAAAGUAUAAAGGUGAACAUCUUUGAUACUUGUCACUGCUCUUCUGAACAAAAUGUUUGCAUUGUAACAAAACAUCAGUAAUUGGGAAAACCUCUUUUUUUUUUUUUUUGGGGGUGGGUGAACUAUUUGGGUGUUAAUUAUUGCUUGAUGCCGUUUCAACCCAAGGGUGUUGAGAAUCUAUUCUGCACUUAGUCAUGAAAUAAUAUUGACAUGUAACUAUCUAUUGCACAUCUCUCUUAACUCUUAAUCUCUUAUCAGUUCUGAUUUACUGCUAGAUCAAAAUUUACUCUUUCUCGUUCUGUUUUGCUGCUAAGCAGAACGAACAUUGUGAUUGACUGCUAGAUCAAAAUUAACUCUUUCUCAUUCUGUUUUAUUGCUAAGCAGGAUGAGCUUUAAGAUAUUCCGCAUCCCUGUUGUGAGGUUGUCGAUUGCCAGAAGGAAACCUCAACCUCUAUGAGUGCCACUUCCAGAUUGCCUGGGAAGUUUUAUGAUGUAAUACAACACGUCUUCAAAUAGAACCACCUCUAAAACUUCAUUGAAGGCUCGCGUAAGUAGUUAAAUUUUGAUAACUAUUUCCGGCCCUUGUGGAAACCUUUCAUUUGAGGGUCUCGAGUCUAUUAAAAAACGCUGCUUUGAAUUAGCUUAAUAAGACAUGUAAUUUAUGUAUAACCACCAAUUUCCCAUAGCUAAAUAAACAUAGUUAUUUACGUGGAGCCUGGUGUAACAUACUGUUUUACCAGAGAACAGUAACAUUGUAUUAUCAUUAUGUCAUCCUAGAUGUAAAUGAAACAAUUGGCUGGCUCACCAUUGCUCCAGAAAUCUGGCAAGACAGAAUGCGAAUGAAGUAUUAAUUUCCCAAAACAUGUUUGCAUGUUUUCCUGAAUUUCAAUGAACUAUUCUUUCCUUUAUCCAUAGAAGAGAACUGGCAAUUGGUUGUAUCAGAACCGUUCUAUGAUUUGAGGCCAUUGUUGUUAUUGACUGAUGAGGGAUCAGUUUAGUGGUUUUGUUGUCCACCAACGGGGACAUAUCUCCUGCUCGUGUUUGUGCUUGACACUGAGUUUUUUUUUUUAAUUGUCAAU